GCCGAGUGGUAACGCAAUAUCUGGGGGGAAUCCGAAAAGCCACCUACCCGGGCGCCACAGAAUUUUGCAGUCUGUCUGAGAUAUGUGGACGAAUUGUCUGAUGGGUUCUGCGGCGGACUUGUUUGAGACACAAUGCUCAAACAGAACAAGGGUAUGGCCCGAUAGAACUAUCUUAUAAUAUCACUGCCAUCUGGCCAUUGCUGAGAUGGAAGCGUCUUCCUCCGUCAUGUGCGUUCUCAGAGACGCCACAGAGGCGUGCCAUUGAUCUCGGAACUGAUCUCGACGACACCACUCCCGCCAACGGACUGCUCCAAAUAGCAGCUACGACGAUGAAUCUACUCCCCCGAGAUGAUUCACCACCGCCGAACGAGGACGCUGGUCCAGUCUCCUUUUCUCUCGCUCUCGUCUUGACAAUCUUCCUUGUCAUCACAACAAGCCUCCGACUAUGGGUGCGAGCAGCGAACCGAAAGCUCGGCUGGGACGAUUUGACCAUCGCUCUUGCAGGAGCAACGGCAAUUAUACGAUUUGCCUUUGUAGUCUUGCAGUGGAAGCACGGAAACGGAAGACACCGAGUCUAUCUCAGCGACCGCGACUACAUGAUGAUCAACAUGUACGGCUGGUGGGGACAGAUGCUGCUCUUCAUAUCCGUGGCGUUUUUGAAGGUCUCAAUCUGCCUCCUGAUCCUUCGCAUCAAAGAUACCAAGAUGCUGAAGAGUCUGCUAUACGCCGUCAUGGCUGGUGUCCUCAUUACGAAUUUCGGGGUCGUGAUCAUCUUGCUAGCCGAGUGUCAGCCCAUUGGCUUCUGGAGAGGCAAGUCAGCCGUGUGCUGGCCAACUCACAUUCGGAUUUACUUCAUCUACGCGACGAUUGCAUACUCGGUCUUGACGGACCUCAUAUGCUCUCUACUUCCCCUUGUGGUAAUUUGGAAUGUCAAGAUCCCUCGGCGGACAAAGAUAUCAGUCUCUUGUUUGAUGGGACUCGGCCUUGCGGCGACCGGGUUCGGCAUUGCUAGGGCGGCGUCACUGGGAAUUUCCACCUCCGACCUGAGCUGGGCAUACUGCAUCGCCGGCAUCUGGUCCAAUCUCGAACUCUUCCUGGGCAUCAUCGCCGCAAACCUCGCCCUCUCAAGGUCCAUCUACGUCCACUUCUUCAGCAACGGCAAAGCGCAACAGACCCUUCCGGGGUCGACGGGAAGAUCCAAUCCCUUGGAAUCGGGAUAUCUCAAUAGUAAGCUCCGAGGGGACCGCUUCGAAGUGCCUUCGACGAUGAUUGGGUCACCUCGUCGGAGAGGUUCGGAGACGAGGAGCUCGGAUAGUGACAUUCCACUUGAGCCAGGUAUUCAGAAGAAGACCGAGUUUUGGUGGACGGAGGAUGAUGAAGGUCAGCCGCGUGGGCGAUCUCCGUGAGUAGAUACUGGUGGGGGUGGUACUGUUGUAGUUAGCAUGUGUGUAUUCAAUUCGGU